CGAGUUAUGUGUGUCGGACGGUGAAAUUCCUUAUUCCAUGGUUGACGAUGAAGCACAAACAAGUUCAAAUGUUAAUAACACAAAGAAAGAUCCAAGGAUCAUCGCUAGAAAAUAUCAGUUGGACCUCUGUAAGAAAGCUGUGGAGGAGAAUGUGAUUGUUUACUUAGGGACUGGUUCGGGGAAAACUCAUAUUGCAGUCCUACUUAUAUACGAGCUGGGUCACCUGAUCAAGAAACCUCAGAAGAAUAUAUGUGUUUUUCUUGCACCAACGAUACCACUGGUUCGGCAGCAAGCCAGGGUCAUAGAGGAGUCCGUUGAUUUCAAGGUUGGGAGUUAUUAUGGAAGUUCUAAGCAUUUGAAAACACAUGCUGAAUGGGACAAAGAAAUUGAAGAAUAUGAGGUUCUUGUUAUGACCCCUCAAAUACUAGUACGUAAUUUACACCAUUGCUUCAUCAGAAUGGAACAAAUUGCACUAUUGAUAUUCGAUGAGUGUCAUCAUGCACAGGCACGAAGCAGUCAUCCGUAUGCACAAAUCAUGAAGUUCUAUGAACCUGGUGCAUUGAAGCGUCCCCGUGUAUUUGGCAUGACAGCAUCUCCUAUUGUGGGAAAAGGUGCAUCCAAAGAGGAACUACCAAUAAGUAUCAACAGCCUUGAGAAAUUACUUGAUGCAAAGGUUUGUUCUGUUAGUAACAAAGAAGAAUUGGAUAGUUUUGUUGCAUCUCCAAAAGUAAAAGUUUAUUACUAUGGUCCUGUUGUAAAUGCUUCUUUGAGCUAUGAUACAUCCUGUGUUCAAAGACUUGAGGAGAUAAAAGGCCAGUGUAUGUCAAUGCUGAGCAUGAAGGCUGAUGAUCGUAGCCGCCUCCAAAAUAGUAAGAGGUCACUAGGGAAGAUGCAUGAUAAUCUGAUUUUCUGUUUGGAAAAUCUUGGUCUUUGGGGAACAAAGCAAGCUAUCCGGAUAUUCUUAGAUGGUGAUAAUUCUGAGAGAGAUGAAUUGAUGGGAACAGAAGCUGGUUCUAGUGAGAACUCCUUAGCAGAUCAAUAUUUAGCUAAGGCUGCCUCAGUCCUGGACUCUGAUUUAAUAAAGGGUGGCAUUGGAACUGAUUUAUCUGCUCCGGUGGCUUUAAAGGAACCAUUUUUCUCAAAGAAGCUGUUGACUCUUAUUGAAAUUUUGUCCAAUUUUAGGUUACAGACAAAUAUGAAAUGCAUAGUGUUUGUGAAUAGGAUCAUUGUUGCAAGGUCCUUGUCCUGCAUACUGCAGAAGUUAACGUGUUUAGCAACUUGGAAGUGUGAUUUCCUGGUUGGGUUCCAUUCUGGACUAAAAAAUAUGUCACGGAAAUUCAUGAAUUCCAUUGUCGAGAAGUUCCGCUCUGGAGAGCUAAAUCUGCUGGUUGCAACUAAAGUGGGUGAAGAAGGACUUGACAUUCAGACAUGCUGCCUUGUAAUAAGGUUUGAUUUACCAGAUACUCUUGCCAGUUUCAUACAGUCUCGAGGCCGUGCACGCAUGCCGCAAUCCGAGUAUGCGUUUUUGGUAGACAGCGGAAACAGGAACGAGUUGAACCUGAUCAACAGUUUUCUAUAUGAUGAGGAUCGUAUGAAUAAUGAAAUUACGUGUAGAACUUCAAGAGAGACAUUUGAAGAAUUGGAUGAUGCAAUCUACAAAGUUGGUUCUACUGGUGCCUCAACUAGUGCUAGCCACAGUGUUUCAUUACUCCAUCAUUAUUGCUCCCAACUCCCUCAUGAUGAAUAUUUCAACCCAAUGCCAGAAUUCUUUUACUUUGAUGAUGUAGAAGGAAUACUCUGCCAUAUAAUCCUUCCAUCUAAUGCUCCCAUUCAUAAAGUUGAAGGUGCACCCCAGCCUUCAAAAGAUUUAGCCAAGAGAAAUGCUAGUUUGAAAGCAUGCCAAGAAUUGCAUAAGCUGGGUGCUCUCACAGACUAUCUUCUACCAGGCCAAGUUGAGGAAGUGGAAGGACUAGUGUUGCCAUCAUCCAACUCUAAGAGUAGCGAAGAUGAGUCUUCACGAGGAGAACUGCAUGAGAUGUUAAUUCCUGCUGCUCUCAAAGUACCAUGGAAUAACACAGAAAAUAUUACCAUGCUUAAUUUUUAUUUUAUAAGUUUUGCUCCUAUUCCAGAAGAUAGACUGUACCAAAAAUUUGGUCUUUUUGUCAAAGAACCUCUUCCAAAGGAAGCUGAGAGAAUGGAGCUUGAUCUUCAUCUCGAUCAUGGUAGAAUCGUCAGGACAGAGCUUGUUCCUUUAGGGAGGAUUCAAUUUGAUAAGGAUGAGAUUUUGCUGGCAGAGAAUUUUCAAGAAAUGUUUCUCAGGAUCAUACUUGACCGCACUGACUUCUUGUCUGACUUUGUACCCUUGGGGAAGAAUGAGAAAUCAAGGUCAUCAACCUUUUACCUAUUACUUCCUGUCAGGGAGCAUGAACGUGAAGAUACAAUGACUAUUGACUGGAAGAUUGUCAGGAGGUGUUUAUCUUCACCAGUAUUCAAACUUCCCUCAGGUGCUGUUGAAAAUGGUGUUCUUCCUGUCAACCAGACCUUGAAACUUGCCAGUGGUCCUGCAGAUAUAGCUGAUAUCUUGAACAGUUUAGUGUUCAUCCCACACAAGAAAUCAUUUUUCUUCAUUGAUAGCAUUCUUCCUGAAAUAAAUGGAUACAGCCCAUUUAGGGGCUAUUCAAGCUAUAAAGAGUACUUUUUGAAGCGGCUUGGGAUUCAUCUCUUAUACCCUGAGCAGCAUUUUUUGAAGGCAAAACAACUUUUCCUUUUACACAAUUUGCUUCAUAACCGGAAGCAGGAGAAUACAGUUGUCCACGAAAAAAAGGAGCACUUUGUCGAGUUACCUCCAGAGAUUUGUCAAAUGAAGAUAAUUGGGUUUUCGAAAGACAUAGGGAGUUCAGUGUCCCUAUUACCAUCAAUAAUGCAUCGUCUGGAAAAUCUACUUGUGGCAAUUGAGCUUAAGGACAUGUUGUCAGAUUCAUUCCCAGAGGGAUCUAAAGUUACUGCUUCUCGUGUCUUAGAAGCUCUCACAACGGAGAAGUGUUCAGAGCGCUUUUCGCUUGAAAGACUUGAAGUACUUGGUGAUGCUUUCCUCAAGUAUGCAGUUGGAAGGCACCUUUUUCUUUUGUACGAAGCUCUUGAUGAAGGAGAAUUGACCCGGAGACGUUCUAAUAUUGUAAAUAACUCUCAUCUAUACAAACUAGCAACUAGGAGCAAUUUACAGGUUUAUAUACGCGAUCAACCAUUUGAUCCUUGCCAAUUCUUCACGUUUGGCCGUCCUUGUCCAAUAAUCUGUGAUAAGGACACAGAAGCAAUGAUUCAUUGUCAGAAAAAAAGUGGAAGUGUAGAAGAAGAUGGAGCUGAUGUUAGUGAUGUGAUGUGCAAUAGGUGCCAUCACUGGUUAUACAAGAAAACCAUUGCAGAUGUGGUGGAAGCCCUGAUUGGAGCAUUCCUAGUUGACAGUGGCUUCAAAGCUGCAAUUGCAUUUCUUAGAUGGAUUGGCAUAGAAGUGGACUUUGUAGAUUCACAAGUUUCUAAAAUUUGCAUGGCAAACCAACGCUACAUGUCGCUUGCUGAUUCUGUGGAUAUUGCUGCCCUGGAAAAAAAUUUGUUAGGAUAUGAGUUUCUGCAUAAAGGUCUUCUUUUACAAGCAAUUGUGCAUCCUUCUUACAACCAUCCUUUAGGAGGAUGCUAUCAGCGACUCGAGUUUCUUGGAGAUGCUGUCUUGGAUUACUUAAUAACAUCCUAUCUGUAUUCAGUUUAUCCAAAGCUAAAGCCAGGCGAGUUGACUGAUUUGAGGUCAGUGUCUGUAAGUAAUAAUUCCUUUGCCCGCAUAGCAGUUAGCCGAUCCUUCCACACAUAUCUUAUCUCUGAUUCGGAUAGUCUCUCUGAGGCAAUUGCAAAGUUUGUGACUUUUGUGCGGACACCUUCUUCAGAAAAAUGCCUAAAUGAGGGGCCUAAAUGUCCAAAGGUUCUUGGUGAUUUGGUUGAAUCUUGUGUUGGUGCUGUUCUUCUUGACACUGGUUUUGACUUAAACCAUGUUUGGAGACUAAUGCUGUCCUUUGUGGACCCAAUAAUGAGCUUUUCAAGCCUGCAAUUUAAUCCUAUUAGGGAGAUCCAGGAACUUUGCCAAUAUCAUAACUGGGAUUUGCAGUUUCCGGCUUCAAAGAUUGGGGAGGAUUUUGUUGUUGAAGCACGUGUGACUGGAAAAGAUUUUGAUUCAAGUAGUAGUGCGAGAAAUAUCAACAAGAAAGCUGCUAAGAGAAUGGCUGCACGCCAACUAUCUUUGAAACUUACGGAGCGAGGGUAUCGGCGGAAAAAUAGAACAGAGAAAUUUUUGGAGGCAAACCGUAAACAGGAAGCCAAACUUAUUGGGUACGAUGAGUCUCCUAUUAAUGUGGUUGUUCCUGAUUGCAUUGAUCUCGAGUCCUUGAAGAUACAAGAUGCUUCACCAGCUAGAGAGCAUCGUAGCAAAACCUGGGAAAAUAGCGGCGCAAAGAAAAAUUCACAAUCCACUGGCAUUCCGUGCACAGGCUCAGCUAGAUCGAAUCUAUAUGAGAUAUGUGCCUUUAAUUAUUGGAAACCCCCAAACUUCGAAUGCUACAAAGAGGAAGGACCAAGCCACCUGAAAUCGUUCACCAUCAAGGCAACUGUUGAAAUAGAAGAGGCUACAAAAACGGUUAUAGAGUGUUUUGGUGCACCGCAGCUAGGCAAGAAAGCUGCAGCAGAGAAUGCUGCGGAAGGGGCAUUGUGGUACUUGAAGCAGCAAGGUUACUUACCAAAGGACAAUACGGAAGCCUCAUCUAGUUAGG